AUGUCUGCUGCCAGCGCUCGAGGGCACUAUGCCAACCCACCUCUGGAGGAUGAGGACGAUCUGAUUGACCCUGAUGAUGCUGACCUGAACGACUUCGACGAUCCCCUUGCGACCAACAACUCCCGCCAGCCCUUGACAGGCAACAUCGGUUCCAGCUCAUCAUCGCGACCGCUUAACGAAGGCUACCUGACCUCGCGAAUCCCAGGAGAAGAUCGACAAGCCCCUCAAAACACAAUUGAUGAGACAGUAUGGGAUACGCUGCGUCGCGACCUGCUCGCCGUCUGGGCCAAGCUCAGGGAGGUGCUGUACCCGCGCUACCUCCUGGGCGGCACCAUGUUUGAUAACGAGGGAGGACUGCGCGGUGCUUAUUCAAGCAUUCGUGGUGCUGGUCUCUCCGGAACCAGAGAAGAACUCACCGGGUUGGCAAGCCGCAUGGUUGAUGCUGAAGCUCUGCUGCAAAGCAACAUGACACCCGGCCUUCGCGACUGGGAUCUCUGGGGUCCUCUGAUCUUCUGCCUGCUUCUUAGUGUUCUUCUGAGCUUCACUGCCCGAGCCGAGCAGCGCGAUGCCGUGUUUAGCGGUGUCUUUGCCAUGAUCUGGCUCGGUGAAGCGGUGGUUACUUUGCAGAUCAAGCUGUUGGGUGGUAACAUCUCCUUCGCUCAGAGCGUUUGCAUUAUCGGAUACACUCUUUUCCCUCUAGUUCUGGCCGCCAUGAUGUCUGCUUUGGGUCUCCACUGGAUUGCCCGUGUUCCUAUCUACAUCGUCCUCAUCAGUUGGUCUCUAGCUGCUGGUGUUAGCAUUCUCGGCGGCAGUGGCGUGGUCAAGAACAGAGUGGCUAUUGCAGUGUAUCCUCUGCUCGUUUUCUACCUCGGCUUGGGAUGCCUCUGCUUUAUCAGCUAA